CCAAGCGAUAAUGAGACUAGCCGCGAUCAUGAGAUCCUAUGAGGCUCCUCCAAUCUACCCUCUGUCCUCUCUUCUGCCCUUCUACGAAGGCUGAUUGGCAUUCAGGGAUAAUAUUGGGAAAUAACUGCUGCCCUUUUCUGUUUCUUUUCCCGUUUCCUUUUCCUUUCCUUUCUUUCAUUCUUUUCUUUUCUUUUAUUUUUUUAUUUUAUUCUUCCAAUAAUAUCCUUUUCUGUUUUCCUUUCCCUUCCGAGUUCUCCCAACGUUCGAUCUCCCUGCAUUUAUCCACAUCCUUACUAUCUGGGCAUCAUAGCGUCUAAUCCAACAUUUUGUUACGGAGGAAUCCAUGUAGUAUGUAGUCACGAGGAUUCUGCUCUUCAACGCAAUCGGUAAAGAUGCUCAAGAGCUGUUCGCUCCACUUCCUACAGUAAAUCAUCCUCUUGGAGAUCGUAGGCGGUGGCACAGUGAACGGACAUGAUCUAUUGGAUGAUCAUCUCCUUGUCGAUGGUAUCACUGUCAAUCGUGGGGGCAGGCAAGCUGAUAGGUAUGUUGUUUCACCUUUUUCGGGAGGCGGCGGAUUGGGGGGGAAUCGUUUGGACAAGGCAGAAAAGGGAAAGAAAAAAAAAAAAA